AUGUGUGGGUUCCCUAUUCAAUUCGCCAAUCGCUACCCGGCUACCAAUACGCAAGAGAUGCCCUCAUUGCGAGAUAUCCCCGAGGGCUUACGAACCCUGCAGACUUCGCAGAAGUCUAUGCAAAAGGUUUCGAAUGCAAUAGGGAAAGCUGACUGGGAAUUGGGCAUAUCUAAUGUCCUUGCCAUCCAAGAAGCAAAUAGCAUGGUCUAUCGGGGCUAUCUAGAACAAAGGAGAGUCUUCACCUUCUCAUACAGGGACUGGGCUGGAAAUCUCACUCUGCUUUGCGGUAAGCUAUGGGUGGUCGAUGCGAAUAAACUCCUCCUUGUGCGCGAGUUGGGAAUGGUCGACAAAUUACCUUCGCUGUCCCAGGAUUCUGUGGGUGAUCUCGACAAGGGUGAUAUAGUCGUCAAGCUCUUAGAAUUACUCCAGAUAUCGUGGAUGUUCAUCCAGCUCGGCGUGCAACUAGGUCCGAAUCUUCUCAAAAGCCAGCUUGGGGUUUUUACCUUGUCUUUUGCAAUUUGCUCGUCUAUUACAUAUAUUCGGUGGAUCAACAUGCCUCAGGACGGCUGGACAUCAUAUAUCAUCAAAGCUGCUAGGCAUGUAAGCGCAGAAGACCUGAUACACAUAGCCAAUGCUGGCCCGAUGGCUUCUGGCUCCCGAUACAGCGUCUGGAUUCCCAAUGUCGCCUUUUACAGUGAUGUCCCCAAGAAAAUGCCAGGAUAUGUGAUGACGCUGGGUUCUUUGUUUUCUCUCCUUCUAUUUGGUGCUACCCAUUGUGUAGCAUGGAACUUCGAGUUCCCUACAAAUCUGGAGAGAAUAUUUUGGCGUCUGAGCUCGAUUACAACGGCUGUUGCUUUUCCGGUUUCCUAG